AUUUAUUGUUAUAAUUGUGAUAAUUUGCAUGUAUUUUUUAAAUUUCUUACAGAAUCAGUGACAGCUCCACAGCCUUACAUUAAUUAUAAACCAUCAGAUCAUCACACAGAGAAAGGUCUAUCAAUUGAUCAUUUUGAAGAAGCAGCUUCAAGUGCUGUACUCGAUUUGACAGGAGAUGAAAAUAAUGACAUGCAAAAAGCAAAAAGAAUAAGAAAAUGGGAUAGAAAGAGAAAGAGGUUUGUGACAGAGUCUGGAAAAGAGAGCAGCACCAAAAAGAUAAAGACAGAAAGUGGAAGGUGGAUAUCCUCAACAUAUAAAACAGGAUUAUAUCAAACUUGGAAGACAAAGAACAAAGUUGAAGGUAAUUCCAUGGAUAGCGAAACUCCACCUGCUAGAUUUGCGAGAAGAAAAGGACGUUUUAAUCCUCGUCAGUCAACCGGAGGGGCAGGAGGAACAGGGAGGAGAGUAAAGAGCGAGAUUAAAAGCGUGAACGAGAUCCUUCGCAAGAGACAAAAAAUUAAUUUUAUGAAGGAAAGGCGACAGAUAAAUAAACGCAAGGGUGCAAGGAAAAGUGUGAGGGGAGGGGCAACAACAACUGGUGGACGUGGAAAGAGAACAAUGGGUGGGCGUGGUAGAAAACCUCGUGGAAAAAGGAACUAAUAGCUAUAAUUCACCUUUAAAUUUGUGUUAGAAGUUGUAGCUUCUAUUGGUUAUGUUCUCCUUUGUAUAAAUGAUAUCAUCAGUAAUAUGUAGAAUUUGUGGUGACAGAA